AUGCCAGACUGGCUGCCGCCCUGGCCCACGCCUAUAUUUUUUACCUUUUCAGAUCGACGGUUUACUCCUUUUGAGGCAGCGUGUCACCCAUUUGUGGCCUGCUCCACUCCAUUUUUGUACCUCACGCCCUCCCCAGGUUACAUCAGAUAUCCAACUGUAUUGCUAGACAUGUCAACUUACCCAUACCUCCCUGGCCUCCCUGAUGAUGAUGAUGAAGAUUCUGCUUCUGCCCAUGGCAGAAAGAGAUUAGCAUUGUUUUCUCGGCAUAAGAGGUCUAAUCAAUCAAAUACAUCUGGGCAGUCUCAGAAACAAGGCCAGAAUGCUGGGCAGAAAGAUAAGGAGGGACAUGGUCAAGGGCCUAAUACUGGAUCUGGAGGUCAAAGUGGAAUUCAGGGUAAUGCUGGGCAAGGUGGGAAAACUGCUACACGUUCAGAUGUAAAAGAAACUCUCAAGUCAAUGGGGCUAAGGUGUGAAGAUUUCACAAUCAGUGUUUACUCUAGGGAACAAGCACAUGCCAUAUUGAGGCGACAGGGAGUAGAAGUAACACCAAAUAACCUGCCACCUAAAGAUAAAGCUACAGCGUUAUCUGGAAAAGGAGGGUAUAAAAAUGCUAAAUCAACUGAAGUUCCAAAAAUAAGUCAUAAUAUGAGAACAGUCAAUGCAACAAACAGCCGGAAUGCCAUUGCACACUAUGGCAGUGACGAUGAUGAUGACUGUGUCAUUUUAGAUCCACCUGAUAUGCCUAAAUGUCCACCAAAGCUUCCACAGCAAUUUCAGUUAAUGGGUACAACAGUCCAAGUGAAUCGUGGAGCUAAACGACCAAGUAGGCCUAUGGCAAAUCAACCUCAAGCCAAGAGACCAAAUGCCAGACCAGCAAUGUAUUAUCGUAAAGAUCACGAGCAAGAUUAUGGUGCAGAGGCAUCAGUUCAAGAUACAUUAAAAAGACUCAAGAACUACAAUAUAUCUAUUACAUGUAGACGGAAUGCAUCUGGUUUAAGACCGCAAGGUAGUAUGGUAGACAGUGAAUCUGAUAUGGAAAAUGAUAGCCACUUAGAAUCUGAUGAUGAUGGAGAAGAUAUGACUAAGUACCUUGAGUGUCAGAUAGGAGAAAUUGAGGAUAUGCAAGAAAUGCAAGAGGAGAUUUUUGAAGAGGAUCUAGAUAUUGACUGUGAUGAUAAAGAUGAUGCAGAUUAUAAUCCACGUGGUAAGAAGAGAAAGCAAAAGAAUAAAUCGCCUCGCAAAGGAAAGAAAACCAGUGAAUGUGGAUCAACUGGAGAUAGAGCUAACCGUGACUCAGGAGUAGAUGAAAUUCCAGAAAUAGUUCCAAGUGUAGAAAUGGCAGAGUUGAGUGAUCAGCAGGUUCAUCAUUCUGAAAAUGAAUAUGAUCGUGAUCCUCUUGCAGAUGAAAGUUUUGACAAUCAUAAAGACUUGCAAGACAUAAUGGAAAAUGCUGCCCAGUUAGAAGAUGAUCAAAAUCAUGACAAUAGUGAAGAAAAUUACAAUGAAGAGAAAGCAAAUGAGGACAAUCCAGAUGGGGAAGAAGAAACAGAACAACCAGAAGAACAGGAAGAACCAGAAGAGCAAGAAGAGCAAGAACCAGAAGAGCAAGAACAAGAACCAGAAGAAAAUGGUGAAUAUAGAACUGGAGAGGAAAGCAAGGAAGAAACUGAAAAUAUUUUAGGAGAAUUUGUGGAAACUGAGGAAGCUGGAUCUCCUGCACCAAAGGAAAGCAAUACACAUGAUGAUGAAGAAGAAAUAGAUGAAGAGCUAGAAAAAGAGCUUCUUGGUGGAGAUAUAGGAGAUGGAGAAGAAGGUGAAAUGGAAGACUUGUAAACAUGAAUUUGGGGAUAGAAAUACUGUUAGAAGAUUUGGUCACUUCAUGUGUAAGUUUGCUUUAAUUUGCAUUAUCAAAUGAACUUAUUUUUUUAUUGUGAUAUUUUAAUUGAAGAUGUUAGUUACAUUGCCAUAAGCAACUGAGCAGGCUGGGUCUCAUUAAAAAAUGUUCACGUGAAAACUCAAACCUAAUUUGAAAGUGACUGAUAUAAGAGGGUCAUAAUUAGAUAUUAAGUAUGUAUAAAGUGUUAGCCUCAUGUGACAUCAGGUUAAAAUUUAGAACAUUUGUCAUGUUAAAUAGUUAAUAGUGGAUAUUCUUUUACACCAGAGUUAUUUAAACCAGCCUCUUGCCAACUUCCUGUACAUGUAUUUGAUGGAGAUAAUUUGAAUAUUGGAAAAAAAAUAUUGUUU